AUGGCGUAUGUUUAUCCACUCAUCUGUAUUAGGCAGUACCUGAGAUCAUUCCUCCUGUGUGAUCUUUACUGUGAUGAUCAUGUUCUGGAGCUGACCCAGGGGAGCAGCACACCCCUUCCUCCUCCACCCAGUGUGGGGUCCGACAGGCCUGUCAAUGUGUGCAUCACUCUGCUGGGCCUGAAGUGUGGAGUUCAUCCCAUCAGCCUGAAGAGCCCAGAGGAUGCUCUGUUGCUGGGAUUCUUCUCUCAAGUCCUUGGUGGGAGACAGUCGGUGCCUGGAGGGCAGCCCUGGCAGGUGUCCCUCAAACUGGGCCAUUUCCAUUUCUGUGGUGACAGUAUGGUCCAAGAAGAUGUGGUUAUUACCACUGUUCAUUGUGUAGUAGACCUGGAGCAGGAGGAUCCCAGACUGCAGGGAACAAGGACUGAGCUUGAUGUUUCAAGACCAAAAAUGGCACAGGGGUUCUGUGAGUCCCAAGGCGAAAGGAAACUCCUGAAGAGCCCAGUGGUGACAGUGGGGGAGUGUCACCUCCCGCGGGCGGACAGGCAGGAGCAGAGCAUCCCUGUCUCGGUAAUCACCCGCCCCAUGUUCAACUGGCUACACUACGUGGAUUGCGACGUGGCCCUGUUGCACCUGCAGCACCCAGCCCAGUGCAGGCAUGAAAUUCAGUCCAUCUGCCUUCCCCAUAGGGAUGAAGACUUCCAGGCCGGGACACUGUGUGUGGGUGGGGGUGAAGGAGCGAGGUGUCUGAGGAUGCUGGAUGUGGCCUGGUUGCUGGCUCCCGUCCUGCAGUCGGUGGAGCUGCCCCUCCCAGACUGCAGCGAGCUGCUGAGGGCCAUGAACCUGCUGACCGUGCGGGGGUCCGUCCUGUGUGCUUGCUUUCCCAACACCGGGAGGGAUGCGUGCAAGGGUGACUCUGGAGGUCCCCUUGUGCGUCCGGCAGGCACCUGGACUUUGCCCGGUGUGGUGUCCUGGAUGGCUCAUGCCAAGGGGGAAGAUGAUAAAGCUUACCAGGUGGAUCUGGUGACACCAGUUUUCAGCUUCUGGUGUGUGCUUGCAAGAAAGCAGUCACUGGAGAAUCCCAGCCCGAGCCUGUGCACCUGGAAUAUAACAGUGCCAGAGGAGAAAAUAAUCCUGCCACACUUCACCAAAUUAGAUGUAGAGUACUGUGUUGGAUGUGACCGUGACUGUGUGUCCCUCUAUUUGAACAGAAGAGAGCUGAUCGCCCACCUUUACACCAGCUCCUUGUCUCCCUCGGGUAAAUCCUGCCGGGAUGUCUUCCCAGCCCCUCUGCUGACAGAGUCGCACCAGGCCACAGUUACGUUUGUUGAUGGGAGUGAUGCUGGCUGUGGCUUUGAGCUCACCUUCACGGCCAUCCAUAAGGACUCUGAAACAGGCUCGGGCUGUGGGAGCAUUGCAAUGCUAGUGCAAGAGGGGUAUCCCGGGAACACGAAGUGCCACUGGCUCAUUGAGGGUCCAGCAGAGUAUGUCGUAAAGCGGGUGUUUGAAGACUUUGCUGUGGAACUUAGCCUGGGCUGCAUUUAUGGUUCAGUUACUGUUUAUGGCCUGUAUGUCAACCAAAAGACAGAGGAGAGUGAGGGGCUGGUGCUCUUUACACCAAACGAGCUGGAGCAGGCAAGAAGAAAAGAUUCAGGAUUAACUACCACAUCAAUGUUGCCUCUGAAGGAUGUCCCCUUAGACACCUGUGACCUUCCCCCAGUUACUCCCCAGUGGCUGUUCAAGCGUGUUAGUGGGGCUGAGGAGGCCUGUCCUUGCUGUUGGCCAUGGCACGCUGCCCUGAAGCUCCUUGGAGACUCCCAGUGCAAUGGGGCUGUCAUCAGCCCUAUGUGGCUGUUGACAGCCAUCCACUGUGUGCAGCUAUCCAAUAAACCCUUGCACUGGACUGUGACAGUAGGACACCAUGAUAGAGCCCUAAGAGAAUCAACAGAACAGAUGAGACAGGUGAAGACCAUUGUAGUGCAUCCCCACUUUGACAUGCUGAGCUAUGACUCUGACUUUGCCCUGAUGCAGUUAGUUGUCCCUCUGGAGUGCCAGGCUGCUGCGAGGCCAGUGUAUCUGCCCCACAGCAGAGAGACGUUAUCCUCCUGUUCCCGCUGCACUGUGUCUGGAUGGGGGAUCAUCGAAGAAGGUGGGUCUUCUGAUUUUGCAAGUUUGCCCAUUAUGAGCAGAACUUACAUUUCCAUCUUGUGGUUGCAGCAGACAUGAGUGCCUGUACUUGAGAAUGAAAUUGAGAGAAAUUACUACUUCAGUUACCCUGGAGGGAUCACAGCCAGGAUGCUUUGUGCUGGCUUUGUUCCUAGCACUGUUCAAGAACUAACUAAUCUUUCUGAAAUCAUGAAGCAAGCAGAACCUUCUGGUUCCUACGGUGGUUCUGGUGGCCCCUUGGUUUGCAACAAGGAAAAUGGACUGUUUGCUCUUUACAGCAUUGUCAGCUGGGUUGUUGGCUGUGCCAGCCCAAAGAAACCAGGGGUCUAUUCAAGGGUGAGAUUUUUCCUGGACUGGAUAAGACUGUGGAUGAAAGGGUACGUGAGAAGCACAGAGUGCUCUUGGAUACUCAGACUAUCUAUGAAGGGCAUGGCAAAGAUUAUAGUAAAGCAUUUGUCAAUAACAUCAUCACUGAACUGCCAAGAGGAGUUUCUUGGGAUUUAUAAAGAGAGCCAGAGAGGAAGAAGAGUGUUAGGACAAAAACCUGGCAACGCCCUCAAAAAUCCCAAGGAGGUGAGCUCAGAGUUUUCACGAUGCAUGGAUGUCAUCCUUACAGAUUGGGAAGGAAUGAUCCAGUCACCAGGAUAUCCCAUGAGAUAUGCAAAUACCACCAGCUCCCACUGGAGAAUUGUAGCCCCAUUAAAGUCCAUUAUUCGGUCUGAAGUCCUGGACUUCUGGACUGAAAGAAAUCUGUCUAAUUGUCAUGGCCAACUGAUGGUGUAUGAAGGAUUUGGACUAACCAAAGAGUUAAUAGGCAGCUUCUGUGGUGACACUUCCCUCUAUCCCAUAAAAUCUCAAGGUUCAGUGGUGACAGUGACCUUCUCUUCCAGGGCUGAGUGGGCUGAGCCAGCCAUGAAAGGCUUUCUCUUGGCUUACUCUACUCAGGAAACACCAUCUG